CUGGCUCUUACUCUCUUCGGUCAAGAUAAAUUGAAAGAAGCCGAGAAUCUACAGCGAGAUCUGUUGGCCCGAAUGAUUGCCAGAAACCAUCCGCUAGAUGACGCAAGGCUCGAUAUAAUGGACGACCUCGCUUUUACGUUGGAAUGCGAAAAGAAGCUUUAUGAAGCUGAGAAGCUACAACUAGAAGUCAGGAAGGGUCGAGCAGAUGUACUUGGCCCAGUACAUGAAAAGACCACAUCCUCACGAAAGCGUCUAGCAGCCAUUUUCAGGGCGCAGGGAAGAAACUCAGAGGCUGAGAGCGAGUACAAAGCAAUCAUAGACGCAUGCGAGCAGAGACUUGGACUGUACCACAUUCAGACUCUUAAAGAAGCCAAGGCAUUGGCA